GCGGCGGCGACAGCUGCCUGGGUCUGGUCCCGCGCAGAGGUCCCAGCGUGUGCGUCCCGGGCGCCGGCUGGAGGAGCCCGGGUCGCGUGCGCGCGGGUCUUGCCUGCUUUCUCUUUCCCCUAAUGUUGUUGGUUUCAAUUUUUUUCUGCCUCGUUUCUCGUUCGCGUUGGGUCGGGUGCUUUCUCCUGGCGCUGAGUGUCGUCUCUGGUGCAUGCGUGCGACUUGUCAGCGCGCAGGCAGGGGAAGAGGCAGGACUGGCCGUUGUGGAAAAGUGCGCUCUCUGGGCCAGGUCUGCCAGGCCGGCGUGGGGAAGACUGCGCUCCGGGCGUACUCUUCGCUGCGUCUCAACUUGAGUGCUGGUUCGCGGCAGCAGCGAAGGCGCUGAGCCCCGGGAAGCGGACGGCCUCGCUUGCCCCGAAGUUCCGCAUCGUUUGCAGACAACUCUUUUGUUCGCGGAAGUUUGCAUCCGCCACCCCCGGGAUGCGGGCGCGCAGCCUCUGACUGCGGGGCUGCUGAACUGGCCAGUGCGGUCGCGCUAGGGGGAGUUUUACCACGCUUGGCCAUUUCCCAGAAAGGAGCCACUCCAAGGGUGAGGGACCCAUGGGCAGCUGUUUACGCUGAUAUCAUUCUCCUGGGGGUACCCAGGCAUCACUGCUGCCCAGGUCUGCCUACCUGAAGAUGGCUUCCACCCACCCUGGGAUGCAGCCCAGCACCUGAGGUUCUUACCAUGGUGAUGAUCCUGAGGAGAAGCCUCGCCAACCAGGGAGCUGACUCUAUAGCAUGCAGGACCUUCAGCCCUAAACUGCACACACCAAAGAAGAUGAGUCAAGGACCUACCCUUUUCUCUUGUGGAAUUAUGGAAAAUGACAGAUGGCGAGACCUGGAUAGGAAAUGUCCUCUUCAGAUUGACCAACCAAGCGCCAGCAUCUGGGAAUGCCUCCCUGAAAAGUGCCAGGACAGCUCACUGUGGCACCGGGAGGCGGUGACCACCUGUGCAGUGACCAGCCUGAUCAAAGACCUCAGCAUCAGUGACCACAAUGGGAACCCCUCAGCACCCCCCAGCAAGCGCCAGUGCCGGUCACUGUCCUUCUCUGAUGAGAUGUCCAGCUGCCGGACGUCAUGGCGGCCCUUGGGGUCCAAAGUCUGGACUCCUGUGGAGAAGAGACGGUGCUACAGCGGUGGCAGUGUCCAGCGCUACUCCAAUGGCGCCAGCACCAUGCAGAGGAGCUCCAGCUUCAGCCUCCCCUCCCGGGCCAAUGGGCUGUCCUCUCCCUGCCACCAGGCGGGACUACACCGCUUUGGGGGACAGCCCAGCAGCCAAGGAGCACUGGGCUCAUCCCCCUGUGGACAGGCAGGCGACCCUUGGAGCCCCGACCCACACCCUGUGGGGGGGGUGCGGCUAGACCUUCAGCGGUCCCUCUCCUGCUCACAUGAGCAGUUUUCCUUCACAGAAUAUUGUCCACCCUCAGCCAACAGCACACCUGCCUCAACGCCAGAGCUGGUGAGACGUUCCAGCGGGCUGUCCCGUAGCCGCUCCCAGCCAUGUGUCCUUAACGACAAGAAGGUUGGUGUGAAACGGCGGCGCCCUGAAGAUGUGCAGGAGCAGAGGCCUUCCCUAGACCUUGCCAAGAUGGCACAGAACUGUCAGACCUUCAGCAGCCUCAGCUGCCUGAGCAUGGGGAUGGAGGACUACAGCCCCCAGAGCUCCUUCGCUGUCCACGCCAGCAGCACCCGGUCCUGGGCCAGCUUGCUUUCAGCCUCCAGCCCUGGGGGCAGGACCCCUGCUGGGACCCCAGUCCCUGAGCCUUUUCCCCCCUCCUUUGAUGACCGCCUCACCUGCCAGGAGGACCUGUCCUGUGAGGAGUCAGACGGCUACACCCUGGACGAGGAUUGUGGCAGAAAGGGGGAGCUGGCCCCACCCUGGAGGGGCUGCGGGGCCCCUGGGAACGGCCUCUGCUCUCUGGAUGGCGAGUUGGACAUUGAGCAGAUAGAGAACAACUGAGGGCCCGGGGCCCUGGUCCAGGGCGGGGGUGCUUCUCUCUGGGCCCUAUGGGACACUUGUAGGGGGACCCCAGCCCCUUCCGGAGAGGUUUCAGGUCCCAGGGAAGAGCUGUCUGGCUCCGUGAAGGCUGGCCUGGCCGUGCCCCACAGAAGGACAUGUCAGCCUCUCAUCAGCUGUCAAACACAUCAGCCAGCGGUUCCACAGAACUACUGUAGCCCACAGAGCAGCUUUUUGGUUUUCUUUUUUCUGCCUUGUUCCUUGUGGGAUGUUGGGCAGUUAUUCCCGGCAGGGCUAAGCCCACACUGGAGCCCCCCUCCGCCACCGCCAGGUGGGGAGGGGGAGGGGGAGCUCGGGGCUGGGGCCAGGUCCAUUGGGCCAUGCCUGGGCUCUGCUUGGCCUUGCUCAGGUUUACUCUGGGAGUCGGCCCCAGUCUUUCACUCAGUUUAUUCUGUGCCUUCUUUCCCAGGUCUCCCUCUCCGGGGAAGGUUCAGGGGAUUCUCCUUCGGUAGUAACACCAGAACCGUUUGGCCUUAAUCCCACAUGGAGGCACUGGUGGGCCCCCUAGAGGGUAAGCCUAGGUCUAGACUCAAGGUGCCAGGGAACGACUUGAGUGUUUGUUAGAGGCCAUCCACAUGGGGUAGAAAUUUGGUGGAUCUGUUGGCUGAAAGGCAGAUCCAUUUCCUUCUCCAGGGUACGGAGUGCCUGCUGCAUGCUCUGUCCCUUCAGGGGCUGCAGCCAUCUUAUCUUCAUGGCUCCCCCCUCCCUGAGUCAUGAGCUUGGUUGAUUCCGGUGAGUGAAGAGAUGUCAUGACAAAAGGGCAACUUCUUAAAGGUGCCCUCGGGAGACAGCAAUGUGAGCAGGUACACAAAUUCAGGCCCUGUGCAGGUUUCCGGGGUAAAGGAUAUUUAGGGCUGUUCUUGGGGGCCAGGGAGGGCCUUCGAGCCCCCUGCAGUAUCCCCAGCACAUUCUCCAGUGUUCACAGGCACCCAGGCUUUAGUGAAAGUGCAUUGACCCCUGCAAGACAUGCAGCCCUGUCUGCUGAGGGAGCCAGUCCUUGGAGCUGCCUUCGAAGGCAGCCCCAGCACCAGCAUGGCUUGACUCGCACCUGUACCCUUCCCGGCUCCUCUCCCCUUGCACAGCCCGUCCCUCAGGCUGUGCGCUCAGGAGCCCAUCAGCCCACGUCACACACACACAUCACAGGCCUCCAUGCUCUGGGAAUCUGGCUUUUAGCAACUUGGCAUUUUCUACAAACAAUAGCAAGUGGGCUGGCUUAUGAGUGAGUGGCUCAUUUUCCCAUAAGGCUAAGAAUCUCUGGUGUGUUCUCCUGUGUUCGCUGACCUGUGAUAAGACACUUUUGUAGUCACUUUGCUUUUGCUUCCCUUCCAUGGACCAGCAAAUGCCUCACUUCUGCAAUUUGAGUCCAAACGUUUCCCACUUUUCUUCAAAAAGACCUUGGUUGGAAAACUUUGUUUAAACCUUCUCUUUCUACUACAUCAAAGGGGUAGUGGCUCCAGUUCUGAUUUGUAGGUGGUGUUUCUUUAACUCAGCCGUAAGAUGUUUGCAGGAAGCCCCAUCUCCAUGGGGGAGGCCGUGUGGACAGCCUCGGGGAGAACAGCAUAACCUGUGGUGGGGACUCAGCUCACCUCAGUUCACUGUGGCUCUUGUGAGAGGUGUGAAAAGCUAAACCAGAGUGUAGGCAGCUCUGGGUGCACAGAGACAUGGCACCUCAUCCCUGCCUGCUGAUGGUGGAGGCCCUGUCUUCUCAGAACAGGUCUGGAGGAGAGGAGGAAGGAAGGUAGAGAGAAUGUGCUGAGCACAUGCCAGUGCCUUUUUCCCAGAAAACUAGGAUGGGGUUUCUGGUACGUGGUGUGGCCAUACCAAGAGUUGUGACAGUGGGAGUACAGCCCCAAAGCAGACCUUCCUAUGGAAGGCAGAGGUAGGCUUCCAUCUGGUCCACUCUGCAGGGCCAGCUAAGGCCAGGGCAUGGUACAGCCACCAGCUGCCUCUCCUUAAGGCCAGGACAGGAGGCACCUGCUGCUAGGUGUGUCAUAGAGCAGUAGUGUGGGUGACCUGUCCUCAGACUCCCCAACCCCCAUGGCAGGACGGCCAGUGGAGCGCACUGAGUCUCGUCCUCCUCACCUCCCCAGCUCCCCCAGCUAGUCCCAGGGACCAGGGAGCCCAGCCCCAGGGUAUUAAGGGCAGAAAUGUUCCAAGCCCAUGGAGGGUUUGCCCUUUCCAGCCUCACAGGCCCUUCUUAACUGUUCCUGUCCCACCAAAGCUCCUAGCCCAGGCACACAGCAGCGGCAAUUGAGGGAGAAGAUGGGGUGUUCUUUCUGCUUACAGAGAAGUUCACUUCAUGGUUGUCUUGCUUGGACAGAGCAGGCCCCAUCUAGGAGGCAUCCUGCUGAAUUAUCAGUGGCCACACUGUUCUGUGCUCCUCUCUGCCGGCCCCAGGACUCUGUCUUGAUGCUGUUGGAGAGGAGGAACACCCAGGAGGUCCCCUCUGGCCCCUUCACGGUUUUCCCAUGGGCAGUGGGCAGGUGGGCUCACCCUCACCAGCAUGGUGACCUCAGCUGGUGGCAGCAGUAGGAGCCUUGCCUUGUCAGGUCUGACGGGAGUCCUGCCCUGGGGGGGAGGCUGAGAACGAACUUGUAGGCCUUGGAGAGUAGGCUGAGCUAGGCCAGCUGCCUGCCCAGAGGCCUGGAAGGACGAGAGUAAAGUAGGAAGAAGGGUUUCCUGACACAUGGUAACCCCAUUCACUCCAGAAGCCACUGGACUGACAGGAGCUGCCUUCUGCCUAGGUGCCCAGGCCUGGGUCAGGGCUGCAGCUUAACCGUUUACUUGACUGCAAACCUUCUUGCCUUAUCUGUGGGCUGUGGAGGCCAGAGCCUGGCCCAGAGCCUGAGCAGACUCACAUCCAGGCCCCAGGGAGCAUGUUCUUAUCAUACAUGGGAUUUUCAUUCUCAGAAAGCCUUAUUUUUCAACAAAACUUUUGUAUCAGGAAAGUUUUUGAAUCUGUAUGCUGAAUGAAAAUCUAAGUGAAGGAAAAGGCCACAUAAAAAUGAAAGCCCGUUUCCAGGUGGGGCUCCUAGUGCAGAUGAGUGCGAUGCUCUGAAGCUGCCAAGGGGUGUUUAGGGCACCAUCUGUCUGAGCAAGCUUCCCCUGCAGUUAAAGCACACCCCUAGGUCCUGUGUCCCACAUGUACCCCGUGGCCAUGGGGGUGGUCAGCUGAACACCCGGGGUUCUGCCGGGCUGGCUCAGGGAGCCCUGCUCAGGCACUCUGCCCACAUAGGCAGUGAUGCUGUGCUGUGCCACAUCCACACUGGUGACCAAACCCCUCCCACUGGCGCCAGAGAAAACCAUACUUCUUAAAGAGACAAGAAAAGUGGUUUAACAAGUCGCAGUCCGAAGUGGAGCUCUUGUAGCCUAGGUAGGAUAGUCAGACCUUCUAGCAUAGUUUCAUUGGCAAAUGAAUUGAGUUGUCAGUGUGUGGGGGUGAUGUUGGGGUUGGGGACAGAUAGCAGGUAGGCCAUACUAGGGUCCAUUUUUUCCCACCCACGUGGUGUCAUGUUGCAGAGCUUCAGGAAUCGUGGUGGCCGGGUAGUGCUGGGCCAGGUCCCUGCUGGGGCAAAGCAGUCUGCACACACAGGCACUGGGACUGUCCUACCAUUGUUCCCCUCCACAUCCUGCUGUCCCACACAGGCCAUGACUGUCUUGCACUAGAGCUGCUCUAGCCUCAGGAAUUUGCUUGUUACUUUUACUGUGUAAAUAAAGCUUCCUGGUUCAAUACUCAA